AUGGGAGAAAAGAUGAAAAUGUCAGUUGUCUUGAAAUACCUCCAAGCCUUCAGCUGGCGAUGGAUGUGGUUAACCAUAGCUGCUUAUGUAGGCCAGAAUGCACUAGGCAUUGGACAAAAUCUGUGGCUUAGCACCUGGACUGCAGAAACAGCACAAGUUAGUGAUUUCACAGAAUGGAAACAGUCACGAAACUAUAAGCUUUCUAUCUACGGGCUUCUGGGAUUCAUUCAAGGCCUGCUCGUUUGCUGUGGUGCUUAUGUGCUCACCAGGGGAUCCCUGUCUGCUUCCCGGGCUAUGCAUGGUCAGCUGUUGGACAACGUGCUGCACCUUCCUCUGCAGCAUUUUGUAACUAAUCCAGUUGGUCGGAUCAUCAGCAGGUUCACAAAGGUGUCAAGGAGUGGUCUCUGUGAAGAGGGGCUGGAUCUGCUCCAUGCCAGACACAGCUGGUUCCUGCCAACUCCAUCUGACCCUCUCCAGGGCAUGGCUGAGUCCCAGAGUCACAUAUAAAAGGAGAGGCUGAAAGUGCCAAAUGGAGACAGGAAGAGGGAACAAACAGAGAAAUAGAGGAGGCAAGGUCAGAGGAGCAGGAGGAAGGAGAAGGUAUUCCCUGGCACCAGAGCAAGCAUCCACCUCAGCCUGUGCAGAACUCCAUGUCAUAGCAUGUGGCUGUUCCCAGAGGAGCUGCCACCACGGAGAGCCCACGCUGGGGCAGAGGGAAGAUGUGAGAAGGAGGGAGCUGCAGAGAGAAACUGCUGAGUGCCAGCUGCGACCCCCUGAGCUGCCCUGAACUGGAGGUGUGAAGUUAACCCUGGGAAA